AAUAAGCCAAAUAAGAUGUAUUUGUUUUGGGAGAAUCAAAUUUUUUAAUACCGAUUUGUCGGUGUGCUCUCUGGCUCUUCAACUCUUAUUAAUGUUGUGUCUUGAUAAGCAGCCAGUUGUAAACAAAGAAACUGGGCUGUACUCUUGAUGUCAAUCAGUCUUUGCUUUCUUUGUGAGUCUUCCUUUCUCCUUUUUGAGACUGAUUGUGCAAUCAUCACCUCCCUUUAAAAAAAACAACUACAUAAGUCUGUCGUACAACCAGGUUUAGGUUUAUUGUGGACGUUUGUCAAGGCUGUGUGCCAGUGGAGGGGUGCCAUUAAUGCAACACCAAUACUUUGUUUUUGCUCUUGAAAACCGAUGAUAUGAAGAUUGCAUCAUUCAACGCACAAAGAUUUGGACUCAUGAAAGUCGCAGAUCCAGAUGUCCUGUCAACUCUGGUUAAGAUUGUGUCUCGAUAUGACAUCAUAGUGAUUCUGGAGGUGGUGGAUGUGAGUGGAGCUUCUGUUAAAAUCCUCUUGAAAGAACUGAACAGAGUCAACACCACCUGUCACUACGCUCUGCAGCUCAGUAGUCGCCUGGGCAGGAACAGAUACAAGGAACAGUUUUUGUUUCUCUACAGGGAUGAUGUUGUCGACCUGAUUGACUGCUAUCAAUACGAAGACAACCAGGUGAAUGAUGUGGAUGCUUUUGCAAGGGAGCCAUAUAUUCUCCACUUCAAACCACAUAACACAGUGCUGAAGGAUAUAGUGCUGAUCCCUGUUCACACCACACCGUGGGACUCGGAGAAAGAGCUGGAUGAGCUGUUUGAUGUCUUCUUGGUGGUCAAAGACAAAUGGAAAACUGAUAACAUAAUGAUCCUGGGGGAUUUCAAUGCAGAUGGUGUGUAUGUCACUCGUAAGGAAAUGAAGACGAUCCGUAUUCGCAGUGACAAGAAUUUCCACUGGCUGAUUAGUGAUGACAUGGACACCACUGCAAGCACAUCAAAUGAACACACCUACGACCGGAUUGUUGUGUAUGGAGAUGAUAUGCUGGCAGCCAUUGUGCCAAACUCAGCCAAGCCAUUCAAUUUCCAUGAUGAGUUUGCCAUGACAGAAGAAAUGGCCUUGAGAGUGAGCGACCACUAUCCUGUUGAGGUAGAAUUACGUCCUGCUCCUCCUUUCUGGAAGGCAAAGAGCUACCGAAGACAUGAGAGCAUUGACCCCCAAGGAGCAUCAGUCAGCAUAGCUGUCACAGAGAGUUUGCAGGUUGAUGUGUUGAAACUGCAGAAGGAAAACCUCCUGCUGGAACGAGAAAAACUUCAACUUCAGAUCUCCUUGUUAAAACAGCGUCUUGCCAUGCUCCAAAAGAACAAAUAUGACUAGAUGAUCUCAAAUAUUAGGCUACUGUUUUUGCUAAGGUGUUAUAUUUUAUUUUCGUUUGUCAUCAUUUUUUAUGAAUGUAUGAAUGGAAUGUAUGUUACAAAUGAAUAAAUAUUGUUCUUAUACGCA